AUGAAUGUAGAUGAUCAAAAAGAAGAGGUAGAAGAGGAAGAGGAGGAGGAGGAAGAAGAAGAAAUACAAGGUGAAGAAGAAAAAGGUCAAGGAUCAAGUCCACUCAAUGUACAUGAUCAACAAGAAGAGGAGAAAGAGGGAGAGGAAGAAGAAGUCCAAGAUGAAGAAGAAAAAGGUCAAGGAUCAAGUCCGUUCGAUGUAGAUCAUCAAAAAGGUCAAGGAUUAAGUCCGCUCAAUGUAGAUCAUCAAAAAGAUGGUAUCCAAGUUCUGGAGCCUUUGGGGCUUGAACAGCACUUAAGAUCAGGCUUUUCUACUCAACAAGAGCCUGUAGCAAAUUUACCACCACAUACCCCUUUGAUUGAAGGUGCUAGUGACAGUUGCAGAAUUUCUAAUUUUGAUGAAACAAAAGAGAGGAUGGAUGGAAAAAGAACCCACAUAGAAUCUGAUGUCCAAGCUUCUGGAUUUGAGGAUGGUGAAACAAAUACAGAGAGAAUCCAGACUUUUGGUCAAGAACUGGAUGCUGAAAUGUUGAGUGAUGUUUCUGGCAAGGUGGCUAUUGGUGUUCAGCUUACUGAAGGAGGUGGUCAAGGGGACGAUUUAAAGCAAACAUCACCAAGGUUGGAUGUUCGCAAGACAAGGGAAAGAAGUUCGUCCCCUGCUGCUGAUUCCAGGGGUGGAAGCAAAAGACUAGCUAUGAGAUGUGAAUUUUUUGCCAGGGGUUGGUGCAUCAAAGGGAAGUCUUGUAGAUUUCUUCACAUAAAGGAUCAUGUCACUAGCCAUGAUAAGGAAGGUGGUGGUCAAGAUGAGACAAUGAUAAAAAGCAAACUUGCAGAUGACAAAGGUUUGGAAGAGAAUGGCAAGAGAUCAUCUUCUGAUUCAGUACAAUCAGCAGUUCAAUCUGGAGAGCAUCUACAAUUGAGAGGUGAUGAGGAAUUGCAUAUGCGUAAGGAUGGACCUUCGUCCACCCCAGAAGUCGGAAGAGAGAGCCUUGGAUGUAAACCGUACUUGGCUGGUUGUAGCACCUCUUCUUCACCAUUACUCAAAGAUGGCUCUUUACAUAAGAAUAGCCUCCAUGAUAGAAAGCUUAGCUCGGCCCUGUUAUCUGACAGUUACCAAAAUACUGUAGUCUCCCCAUACUCCUCAGGUUUGGAAAAUAUGAAUUAUAAGAGGUACCGGUCUGUGUUCGAAAAUCAUGGCUCGCGAGUUUUUAAUGACUCUGUAGAUAGGUUUUCUCAUCAUUGUUCUUCUUCGCGGAACAUAGAUGCCCUGGAUGAUCAGAAGCUUUUGGAUAGUACCCAAGAAUAUUCUUCUUCUAAAUCCACCUCUUUGCAGCAUAGGUCUUCAGCGUUUCCUAGUUCCAAAACCGAACUUUCUCGGAUUGAUUUAUCACGGGACACACGAUGCUCAUCUGAUUAUAGAACUAUGGCGUCUUUUGACGAUUGGGAGCCAUCUGGUCCUUUUCGACCAUCAUUCUUGCUUAGUCAAAUGAUCGGAUGUCCUGAAAGUCUAUAUGAUCCUAUUCGUGAUAGUAUGGAUCAAAGUAACGUAGGAGAUGGGCCCUCAAAGUCCUCUUUCUCUGGAAAAGGAGGGCCUGUAACCAAACAUAUGCAGGCGAAUGCUGAUCCAGUUUCAACAGGAACCUUGGGUCCAGAGCAGAGCUCCAAUAAAGUUCCAAUUUCUGGUCAUAUCUACAAUAAGGAUAUAUUGCCUGACAAACAGUCCGAGAAAGAGAUGUCUACUAAUGAAACAGAUACAGCAGAUACAGCAGUUGCUCAUCAGGAAAACAUGAAAACCUCUUCAAAAGAAGAGAAGUAUUCAAGAUCCGCUAAAGCAGAUAAACUACAUUUAUCUACUGAGCUACCGCACAGCAGGCCCCGGAAAAAGACACAAUCAGAAUCUGAGAGGCUCAGACAUGGAAAUGAAAUUGAUAGUGACUGGAAGACAGACAGAUCUGUGAACAAAGAGUCGAGAGUUUUGAAGCAUUUUCAUGCUGAUCUUGUGGAGUUUAUUAAAGAACUAUUAAAACCAGCUUGGAGUGAAGGUCUCAUGAGUAAGGAUGCUUACAAGUUGAUAGUUAAGAAGACAGUUGAUAAAGUUAUCAACUCUUUGCAUCCCAAUCAGAUUCCUGGUACGGCUGAAUCAAUCAGAGAGUAUCUUGACAUAUGUCAGCCAAAACUUGCUAAGCUCAUUGAGGCGUACGUGGAAAAACAUGGAAAAUCCUGAUAAUAUUAAAUGAGCUUUGCUCAGCAUAAGGGGUAGGUGGAUAUAUAUGGAAAAGCUUGAAAUUAUUAAGUUAGUUAUGCUAAGAAUAUUGCCAACAAUAGCAAAUUGGUGAAACACAUUUUUGUGAGCCUAAUUUGCUACUUGUAGGGUUAGACAGAAGACUUGAAAACCAUUAAUUUUGUGUACGGAUUUCGUCUUUCUAUAUAGGAACUUUUCUGCUA